AUGAGUCCCCCCGCCAUAAUCGCCCCCUCCAUCCUGAGCGCCGACUUCGCGACCCUCGGCCCCGAAUGCGCAACGACCAUGGACCAAGGUGCAGACUGGCUGCACGUCGACAUAAUGGAUGGCCAUUUCGUACCGAAUAUGACCUUUGGAGCGCCCGUGGUCACAAAGAUUCGGUCGCACGUAGCGAAGCCGGCGACGCCGGGGGGAAGGGGAACGUUUGAUUGUCAUAUGAUGAUUGCUGAGCCCCAAAGAUGGGUCUCAGAUUUCAAGUCCGCCGGCUGCGACCUGUACUGCUUCCACUACGAAGCCGCCAUCUCAUCGACCGCCGCCAAGGAUCCGGCCGACUACACCACAACCGCAAAAACAUCACCCAGAGAAUUAAUCAGAUACAUUCAUGAGUCCGGGAUGAAGGCUGGGAUAGCGAUCAAGCCAGAUACGAAGGUCGAUGUGUUGUGGGAGAUUUUGGAGAUCCACCCGGGCUUCGGCGGGCAGAAAUUCAUGGCCUCUGAACUCCCCAAAGUCACGGCUCUGCGACAGCGGUAUCCAGAGUUGAACAUUGAGGUUGAUGGUGGACUGGGACUAGGCACGAUCGAUCAGGCGGCUGAUGCAGGAGCGAAUGUGAUUGUGGCAGGGUCCGCGGUGUUUGGGGCAAAGGAUCCGGCAGAGGUUAUUGCAAAACUACGAGAGGCUGUUGAGAAGAGGAGGUCUUGA